GGUGGACUUGUGUUGUCUGCUGAAGCUGGAGACAGACAGCUGAGAGAGAAACAGUCGCUCGUGUGUGUUUGGUGCUUGAAAUUCUCACGCGCUGCGCGGCGUCUCGUCCUGAAACCCAAGACGACAACCAAGAACAUUCACUUGGAUUACUAUCCGCAGAUCUUAAGCCCGAACACAUUUAUUCCAGGAAAACUUGCUGUUUCUCUCUCUCUCUCUCUCUCUCUCUCUCUCUCUGUUGGGGCACAGGCAAAAAUCUCGCAUUUUCACCGUUUAAAAGCAGCAGUCUUCUCGGAAGGGGCUGCACCUUCGGCUGAACAUCAUCCAGUGAUCAUGCAGGAUUGAGGAGACACCAAGAAUCCUGUUAGUGAACCUGGUCUGAAGAUCUACAUGACCUUCUGGAUGAGAAGUUCCACAAAAGUUGCAGAGCUGAUGAGAUCUAAGAAGACUGGAAGGCAAGCGAAGAAGUGAAUGAAGGAAGCAGGGAGUUGGUUGGACUGGCUGAAGGGGGAAACCGAAGGGCUGGAUGCAAGCCUUUAUUCAUUCUAGAAGUUACCAGGUUCCUCAGAGAUGGCCUCCAACUUCAAUGACAUUGUCAAGCAGGGCUAUGUCCGCAUGCGGAGCAGGAAACUGGGGAUCUAUCGGCGCUGCUGGCUGGUGUUUAAGAAGUCAUCCAGUAAAGGACCUCGCAGACUGGAAAAAUACCCUGAUGAGAAGUCAGCCUACAUCAGAGCCUGCCCUAAGGUGACAGAGAUUAGUAAUGUGAAGAACAUCACAAGAUUGCCUCGUGACACGAAGCGGCAAGCCGUGGCCAUCGUCUUUACAGAUGACACCUCUCGAACCUUCACCUGUGAAUCAGAGCUGGAGGCUGAAGAGUGGUUUAAGACCUUGUCUAUCGAGUGCUUGGGGACACGUGUUAAUGACAUCAGUCUUGGAGAUCCAGACCUCCUGGCCGCUGGAGUUCAGUGUGAACACACAGAGCGCUUCAACGUGUUCCUGUUGCCCUGCCCCAAUCUUGACAUCUACGGAGAGUGUAUGAUGCAGAUCACGCAUGAAAACAUCUACCUGUGGGAUAUUCACAACCCUCGCACCAAGCUAGUAACCUGGCCGCUUUGCUCGCUGAGGCGCUACGGACGAGAUGCUACGCGCUUCACCUUUGAGGCCGGCAGGAUGUGUGACAGUGGGGAGGGCCUGUAUACUUUCCAGACACGGGAAGGAGAGCAGAUCUACCAAAGGGUUCAUUCUUCUACUCUGGCUAUAGCUGAGCAGCAUAAGAGAGUCCUUAUGGAAAUGGAAAAAAACAGCAAGCUUUUAUCUAAGGGUUUAGAGGGGACAUCCUACCCCUGCACCCCGACAGCAAUCUUACCACGAAGUGCUUUCUGGCACCACAUCACCGGAUCGCAGGCUGGGGUGGACACUGCCAACGGUGACAUCUACGGUGAUACUCAACCAGGAGUGGACACUGACCUCUUCUCUAAACGCCUUCCUCCAGAAAGACAGUCAACCUUUCCUGUGGGCCAUGGCUGCCCUCAACCCCCGACACACUACCCCACGUACCCCAGCGAGUGAGCAAUGAAACCUUCCAGUUUUUCACCUCUUGACCUCCCUCCACACUGCACUCUGCCCUAAGUUUUUCCAUCUUCUUCAGCAAGGGAAGAUCCAUGCUGCCUCAGUCCCCCCCUGAGCCUGCCGGCGGCGCUGAAGGCACUUACUGUGGAAUGAGGGAAUGCACUGUGAAGCUUGAAGCGCUUCAGUCGGAGCAGGGCUCACAUACCCUCAAAACAGACACAAGAGAUGCGACAAAGUGUUGGAACUGGCUCAGUUGCCUUCACAGUGCAAUAUGGUCACUCUUGCUGGGUUUCUGCGAAAGUAGACUGUACUGUAGGUUCUUCUCAAUAAUAUCUCUUAUUCUAACUCUAAUCUCAUGCAUGCUCUUCAACCCUAUGCAUGUCCCCCAAGGUAAGCAAUUACGGAAGAGCUACGGAGGGGUUCCUUAGACUCCUGUAGAAGCCUCAACUCAAGAGAGUGUCCAGCAAACCACAGCGGCCCGGAGGAAGGGCCGUAAACACUUCUGCUCUUCAGUACGAGUAAUCCAAAGCGUGUUUUGAUCAGAUGCUUUAAUCAUGAUUUGAUUAGCAUGUCUGUAAGACUUCCCAAGCCCAGAGAAAUGGGAGCACUUUCUGAAAGUGGCAUUUUUUCCUGCAUUUUAUUUCUCCUUUUUCCUUUCGUUAAAAUGGACAGUUCUGACAUAUAAAACUGUCUGUCCAAUCUCUGUCAUGUGAUGAAGAAAGGACAGAAGUGGGGGUUAGUCUCGCUCAUGUGCCUCGAGCUCUGGUUGAUCUUUUCAGAGAGACUGAUCCACCAUUUUAUCUGCAAGAUGUCACGAGGGCCAGAGAUCCACAUAUAGAUGGAAUCAAAGAUUAUGAUUAUACCCAGCUGAUGUGGUUUAAGGAAUUAUUUAUUUAUUUAUUGAAGUUUACCAACAAAGCACAAGACAAAUUGCAGUGUAUGGUACAGUAGUAGGUUUUCUUUAGCGGUUCAGCAAUUCUGUAUGUAAAAGGCUUUAUACUAGCACUGUAAAAGAGGAUAAAAACAUCUUAAAUAAGGUUGUAGGCCUCACACGAGACCUGUUUCUGGAUUUCCAUGCUUGUCAGCUAUUUCCAGUUACUUCCAUGAAAUUAAGGGUAUCAUUAUUGCUUUCAUAUCUCAGCAGACAUUUAUAUUAUGUGGCCGUGCAAUGUUUUCAGUCAGCUACACUUUUUAUGUUUUUCUCAUGCUGUAACUCUCAAUUUAUAACCCUGUGUGUUGGAGCGGUUAGUGCACAUUGUAUAAUGAGCUUGGUUGCUCAUGCAGGCAACUGGAGUUUGAUCGAUCUGACUGACUAGCUUGGUGAAGCUGGUUAAUCAAGAUAAUCUUGCUGGUUAACUUUUUACAGUUGGUCCUAUUGGUUUAUCCUUCACUCCCUGUGCUCCCUCUACUAUCCAUAUAAUUAAGUUACAUACAGGCCAAAAAUAAAACAAGCUCUUAUAUGUCUGGCACAGAAUUAAUUUGACUGUAUUAUCUGACUGAGCUACAGUCUUGAGGGUGUGAAUACUUGUAGCUUUAUUCAUUUAAACAUAGUUGUUCAGUGCUGGGAUUUAUUAACUCAUGUCGUAUGUAUCAUUAAAAGGAAUUGAGCAGA